UUUGGUCUGACUGGUAUGGAAGAUCGUGACCACCACGGACAUCACUUUACCAACUUCUACGUCACUACGACCGUACAGUCCAGACGAAAUUUUAGAAUCAUCAUGGAAGCUUUCACAGUUUACUUUUUGUCCAUGGAAAUUGUCAUCCUUACGCACCGUCAAAUAACAAAUCAGAAUAAUUUUGCUCAUGAUUAUGCUUUCGAAAUCAUCAUAUCAGCUUUUGGGUUAGGUAUCAUAAUGCAGAUAAUUUUGUUAUUAAAAGACUUCCCAACAGGGGUGAUAUAUGAAUGCAUGAACGAGUGGCACAAACUUCAACUCUUUUUGCAUUUUGGAGGAUUUUUUUCAACAGCAAUGGGCAUCAUCGCUAUGGCAGUUUCAGAAACUACUGUUGAAGAACAUGAAUUCACAGUUACAGUGGCUGCUUUAGUGACGUCAAUAAUUAACGCAACUUGGUACACCAUUUCCAAAAUCUACGAAAAAGCCGUGAAUUUGUCUAUUCCUGCCAUAACCGUAACCGACACUGGCAAAGAAGAGACUAUAGUGCUAGAAGGGCCAUUUGGUGUCAGAUCAUGGCUACAAACUCCGAGACAUAGACGGCAAGACGGACAUUUCCUGGUGGCCCCGGAUAUUUCGGGCUCCCAGCCCAUUCACAAGGAAGGCAGUCGGUUUAUGAGAGUACCAUCAGAAAUGUUGUUAGAACAAGCCUUGAAUCGGGAGAGGUAUCAAGAAGAGAUGUCAAGCCUUGGGCGAAAUUUGUCUGCGGGAUAUCAAAAGAAUAAUGAAAACCUUGAAGUCCUUUAG